UUCCAGAAACUUUCGGGGAGAUGACGAACUUGACGCGCCUGGACAUAUCGUAUCACAGGUUUAGAGGAGAUCUACCCGAUAUUUGGAGCAAGAACUUGGAGCUCAGGUACAUGGGUAUCUCCAACAAUUCGCUCCAGGGUGGUUUGCCACCGAGCUUGAGAAGGCUACGCAAGCUCUCGGAUUUACGCGCUGCAUACAACUCUCUCUCCGGGCCACUGGAGCUGGAAGAUGGCGACUUUGCAAGCAUCGAGGUUUUGAACCUCGGGCUAAACUGGUUUAGCGGAACGAUCCCGGCUACGCUGGGAGGCUUGAGGAACUUGAAGAUCCUGGUUCUCACGGGGAAUCGUUUUAGUGGCACCAUCCCAGGCGAGCUCUCGAAGCUCUCGCAUCUCCAGCUGCUGGUUCUCACGGGGAAUCGUUUUAGUGGUGCCAUACCUCCGGAGCUUGGAAACUGUUCGAACAUCAGAGGGAUACGCCUCGACAGCAAUUACUUGACUGGAACAAUCCCAGGCGAGCUCUCGAAGCUCUCACAUCUCCAGCAGCUAGUUCUCAGCAGCAACGACAUCGGCGGGGAGCUCCCUUCCGGACUCUCCAACUGCACCGUGCUCGUCGUUCUCUGGCUGGGAAAGAACAAGUUCUCUGGAAAUCUCCCUGAGAGCUUCGGGGAUUUGAGCCGCCUGCUCAUUCUGGAGCUUUCCAGCAACGAUCUUGUCGGUUCAAUCCCGGCCAUGUUGCAAAACAUGUCGGCUCUGCAGUUCCUCAUCCUCGAAAACAACAGAUUCAGUGGCUCCAUACCGGACUGGCUUCCCAGGCUCACGAACUUACGAGCCAUGGACUUCUCGGUUAACAGGUUCUCUGGGGAGAUGCCGGAAAGCAUUGGCCGACUGUUUGCCAACGUCCAGCUUUACAACAAGAGCAAACGGCAUAUGAUGAUUCAAACCGGAGGACUCGUCUACAACGGCUUCGCCUUCCCGACCUUCAUAGACUUCUCCUUCAACCAGCUGACUGGAAGCAUUCCAGCCGCCAUUGGCGACCUCUACAAGCUCCAGGUGCUGGACCUGAGACACAACCAGCUAACAGGUCCCAUUCCCGAGUCCCUGGGGAAGGCAAGGAAUCUCUCCAAGGUGUGGCUCGCGGGGAAUCGUCUCAAUGGCUCCAUACCAUCGUCCGUGGCGGACCUCUCGUUUCUCACCAUCUUCGACGUCUCCAACAACAGCCUGGUGGGACGGAUACCUGACAGCCCGCAACUCUCGUCCAUGGACGCGGCUCUCUUCGCUGGGAAUCAGCUCUGUGGCUUGCCACUGACCAACACCUGUUCGAGCACUGCUAUGCCGCCACAUAAGCUUAGAACAGAGGGACAAGGUGGUAGCGAACAGGACCAAAGAGAGGUGAUAACACUUGUCAGCGUUGCGAUCUUCGUGGCAGCCUUCUUCAACGCGUUCUUCUGGACCUACUUUGCGGCAAACCACAGAGCUCAUUCCCAUGCUGGCAAUCAAAUCUCUAGCUCGUCCACCAUGUUGCUGCCGUCCUUUCUACCUUCCAGUUCGUAAUCCAUCACCAUCGUGUGACCGCUUGAUGA